UUUGUGGCAGACAGAAGUGCGCGGCAAAAGAAGGGGGGACACAAACAAAAAACAUGUGGCUGAGCCUGUGAGAAAACAGGUACGUAAUGUCCUACAAACCAGUCCUGUUUUACCUUUAUAAAAUCUCAGCGGGAGUUUUUGUUAUAGCGGAUUGUUACGGCACUCCUGCGAGAGUACCGGGGCAAGAAGUCUCAUACUGAAGUGGUGAGUUUAGCGAACUAGCAGCUUGUUAGCCUGUUAGCUGCAUCUCAUAACAUUCAAACACCUGCUCAUUUAAGCUUUACGCACCAUUGUUGGUCUCUGCAUCAUAUAGAAUAUUCCUUCACUUUAUUUCACCGCAUAAUUUUACUUUAACAAAUAAAACUAGUUCAAAUAGCAAACUUAAAUCGGCAGCCAAUAUUAACUCAUCUCAGCAAAGAUAGCUGGUUAGCCUACAUAAUCUCACCACGCAUACAAGCGAAUUAAUCCUUUUAACGUGGUAUUGUGGUAGUUUUUGGGAUGUUCUGUUGGCUUGUGAUAUUUCAGAUACAUUAAAGGCAGUAGGAUUAAAAUCUAGAUUUUUGUUUAGCUGAUAUUAGCAGUUUAUCAUUGAAUGUAAGUAGCUGUGUAGCGGGGGGAGUGCCCCGCCCACCAAAGCGCCAUACAGCUCCUGAUAGCGGCAUUCAUGUAACAUCAUUAUGCAACCGCGCAGACUGCUCAGCUGCGGGUCAGUGUCCUGUUUUAUUUUUGUUUUCUCUAUAAGAUAUAAUCAUUGACGUUUUGAUUGAUUUAUUGCUUUAAAUUGAAGCCCCUCAAACUGUAUAUAGAUGGGCAGUGAGCCAUUCUCGGUCAAUGUAUGUGAUCAUAUUUACGGUAAGUUGCUCCGCAUAACGUCACCCAGGCGACUGUAUUCGAAUGUGUUGAUCAAACGGUGUCCUUAAAAGUCCUUAAAAUCGAUAUGGAUGUACAUUAUAAUUAGCUGAAAUUAUUACCGAAACAAAACAUAAUUUGAGAAUUUCUAAAAAAGUAAAAGUUAACCUUAUUUGUCUAUCACUAAAAUCGGUCAAAGCAGCCUUAAAGUGCUUUUACAAUAGAUAUAUUUAGAUAAAAUAACACUGAACACAAAGAUUAAACACAGUUCAUAAAAAUGGUCAUUAAAUUAAAAGUAAUUAGAAAUACUACCAGGAAUAUUAAUUUAAUUAAUUUGGGAAAACUGAGUUGUAUCAGUUGCUCUUUCACAAAUGAUAACAGUGAGAAUAUAAUAUUGGGUAACGACAAAGUUAAGAAAUUUGAAAUAGUGACAUUUUAAUACAAAAAUGAUUAAUUAAGAUUUUAAUGCACAGGUGUCAAACUCAAGGCCUGGGGGCCAAAUCCGGCCCGUGGAACAAUUAUAUCUGGCCCACAAGAUCAUAUCAUAUUUGUAUUAUUAUUGGCCCACCAGUAUGAGGUCUGCAGAUUUCCUCCAGGAUGAUAAUGUAAACUUUAGCACCAUUAUUUAAAAAACCCCUAAUAAACCAUGAAAAUCUGGGAAAGUAAAGAGUAAGGAAAUUUUGAUAAAUAGCCAAGAAUGUGGGGGGAAAAAUGUGUUUUAUCCAUAUUUCCAAUUUUGAAUCUCAAGAUUACAAGUCAAACAUGACUUUAUUUUUUGUGCCUUGUUUUUUUUCCAACUCAGUAUUUAGAUUUCUGUCAUUUUAAUCCUUAAGAUUCCAAUUUUAAAUUUUAAGUCAUAUAUUGACUUUAAACUCUUGAUUUCAAUAUGACCUCAUAUUUUGACCUUUUAAACUUAUGAUUUCAACUUUCUCCUCAUGUAUUUGCUCUUUUAAAGCAUUAUUUUUUAAUUUUUUGUAUAGUGUUCUGAUCUUUUGAACUAAUCUGUUGGAUUUUUUUUUUUAUCUCAGAUUGCCUUUAAAUUUAUCUUUUUUACUUUUUGAAUUUCCAAGUGGUUUAUAAUCAUCAAUGAUUUUGUUGUAUAUUUUGAAAAGGAGGCUGACAGUUUGGGUUAAAUGUUGACCCUGUUGGGCCCUCAGGUUAGAUUUAAAUCCAGAUUACGGCCCUUGCUGUGGUUGAGUUUGACACCCCUGUUUUGAUAGAAGGCAGUGAUUUCUACUUCUUUAUGAGCAUUGCACUCACAUUACCAAACAAGGUGUUGACUGGUUUACAAUCCAUUUCACAGUAAGAAUUGACAUUCGAAAAUAUUACAGAAACAAAUAUUAAAAAUACAAAAAAAUUGUUGGAAAUUAAAUCAUUUCAACUGUAAUAGCUAUAAACAGUCUAAAUUUAAUCAUCAUAAUGACAAAAAAUGAGUUGUACACAACCCUAACAUGUCUGAGCUUCUACGAUAAAAGUCAACCAGGAUUUACAAUUCUGAAGUUAGAAGUAUGAAACAACAGUGUGUUCACAUUUAAAGCCUUGUAAAUGCAGCAGGUGAUGUGUUCCUUUUUCACUUUGUUUGUUUUGACUCAGUCAGGGCCCUCUGACCUGCUGCACCAAAUAUUCAAAGGGCACAAAUGGGGAUUUUUCCACUGUUGCAGAUAGUCCCCCUCACAUGGAUUAUUUUCUUCAGCUGUUUGGGAGAAUUACAAGCUGUCUUUAGAGAGAAAAUAAACUUUUGUGGGCUGAUUUGGAAAGAUGUGUGGUGAGAAGCAGACAAGCAGUGAGUUUUUUUAUUGUAUGUCUUGUGGUUGGAGAGGAUUUUUUUAGGGCUCGCUUUGACAGUCUUUUAAAGCCCCUGUUUUUGUUUUUUUAUGGACUUUAACUGUUUUCUCUUAAACUUUUGGUCCUGUAGGUGUAGACAGUGUCUGAGUCAUCAUGGGUCUGCACUCAUCCCAGAAGAAGCACUUCCCUUUGCGGGGCAUCGACGGCGUGGUUCAGCUCUUUGACUCCGAGCUCCGUAAGCCAGAACCGGACCUCGCCCUUCUCUCCCUGGUCCUGGGUUUUGUUGAGCACUUCCUGGCUGUGAACCGUGUCAUCCCCAUAAAUGUCCCAGGGGUCCGGUUCGAGCCCCUGGAGCCAGACUGUCCGAGCUCGUGUUUCCCCACAGUGGAGCUGGGGAUGAUUUCUGCACUGUAUGAACGUUUCACAGCACAGAUCCGAGGCGCUGUGGACCUGUCCCAGUACCGCCGUACCGCUGCCGGGUCCAGCAGGGAGCUGGUGAAGAAGGUCUCAGAUGUGAUCUGGAACAGCCUGAGCCGGUCUUACUUCAAGGACCGGGCCCACAUUCAGUCCCUCUUCAGUCUCAUCACUGGUACGACACUGAGAUCAGAUCACCACUGUAAAAAAAUAUUGAUGGAAAAGUUGCGCAGAAAGAGAGUAAUAUGAGCUCUUGGUUUCAGGUACUAAACUGGACAGCUCAGGUGUGGCGUUUGCUGUGGUGGCGGCCUGUCAGGUUCUGGGCCUGAAGGAUGUUCACCUGGCACUCUCAGAGGACCACGCCUGGGUGAUCUUUGGUAAAAACGGCGAAGAGACAGCAGAGGUCACCUGGCAUGGGAAAGGGAACGAGGACAGACGUGGACAGACAGUCGCAGCAGGAGUCAGUGAGAAGGUGAGGAUGACCUUCAGACGCUUGAAAUCAUGAAAUCUGAACAGAGGUCUUUAGAAACCAGAGGGUUCGUUGGUUAAAGUCAAAGUGCUGUUUAUUUUAGGUUGUUUUUCACACAUCGCUCUACCUGUUAAGGGUUAAAAAAUGUCUAACAUCACUGAAAUCCAACAUUAUUGACCUGAUAGGAGCUCUUAAAGCAACACAGUCAUUUUUUUCAUUACAUUUAGAGAAAAAAAAUCCCUUGUAUUGUAUGAGUGCAUAAUUUCACUGAUUUUGAGCUCUUUGUGGUGUCAGAAAAUUUCCACCAAACCCUCCAUAUUUUGCAGUGUGUCAGACGCUGGAAUUUCCCCUGUGGGUUUUGAUGUAACAGAGUCAUUACUAACAAUGCCUUUUGUUUUUUAAGCAUUUCCUGCUUUUGUUAAAGCCAGGCGUGUGUGUGCGUUUGUGUGUGUCCCCCAGAGCUGGCUGUACCUGAAGGGCUCUUACAUGAAGUGUGACAGAAACAUGGAGGUGGCCUUCAUGGUCUGCGCCAUCAACCCGUCUCUGGACCUGCACACUGACAGCUCUGAGCUCCUGCAGCUGCAGCAGGUAGGAACUCGAACAGUUUGAAAACCACAAGCUUCAGUUUCAUAAUCGGUGUCACAGGAAGAGGUGACCUGAAUAUGAAAGAGUCAGACUGAAACUGAACAAGUUGAUCUAACAUGUUUUAACUUAUCUUACUUACUGUUCCUGUUCGGACCCUCUGACCCCCAAUGAGACAAAUGUAACAUCACCUACGCUCUCUCUGCAUCUGCAAAGCAACGAUCACUGCUGAACUGUUUUAAAGUUUCAAUUAAUUUUCAAUUUAUAGAAUUUGGUUUGUUUGUUUCUCCCUCUAGUUAUAAAACAGGUCCAGUGAUAGAGAAAAAACUGGGCCUGACUCUGCAGUUUUGCGGUUAUCAAAGUUUCAGAAAGUCACAACUGUCGAAUCUGUUGGACCUGAUUUGAACUCUGAUUCCUUGUUUGAUGCGCCCUCUUGAUUUGUGUCUUCUUCCUGCCUGCUGUGACAGAAACUCCUCUGGCUGCUCUACGAGAGAGGAAACCUGGACAGGUGAGAGAGUGGUGACGAUUAAGACGUCUCUGAUGAUGUCACAGGUUGUAUAAAGUGCAGAGCCUGACCUGAUCUGUCCUGACCUGUCCUGUCUGUUUCAGGUAUCCUAUGGCCAUGGGCACCCUGGCAGAUCUUGAAGAUCAGGACCCAAUCCCGGGGAAGGAGAGUCCCCUGAAGAUCCACCUUAAUGUAAGUGUUUUCCACGAGGUCAUAAAGCAGAAUGAGGUUUUUAAAUCUGUCUUGAUUUUGUUUCUGUGUGGUUGUCAGGCUGUGACCUCUGCUCAGAAGUACUACAACAACGAGCACAUCUACCCCUACAUGUACCUGGCAGGUUUCCACUACAGACACAGGAACGUGAGGGACGCUCUGAGGGCCUGGGCCAAGGCUGCUCAAGUCAUGCAGGAGUGAGUUCUCGCUGCUCUUACACACUAAAAUAUUACAUUUCCAGGGUCAAAGUUCAGCAUGAAUGACUUUUAUACACAUUAUCAUUAAUUUCAGUGCGCCUCUAAUGAUUUCUACUCGUACUGUGUGAGCACAACAACACACAGCGUUAUUUUCGACUUGUUUUGAGUCAUCAAUGAGAACAUUAAAUCUUGUCGGACCCUUUUCCAUCCACGUGAAGGGUAAUGUUUGAGUUUAUACACAGCGAGUAUAGCGAGUAGCGCAGGUAAUGUAACGUAACAGCGUAGCUCCUUGAGCGGCAAGAGAGUGGCAGUAACAGCGGAAAUUUCUAGGUGAAGACUGACCUGAGGAACAGGCUACAAGAAGAGCAUCUUAUACACAAGCACUUUAUACAUGUAAAUUAUCUAGAAAUUGUCAGGAGUGCACGUGUGAAAGAGCGCAUAUUUACUUUGAUAUUCAAAGGUAAUAAGACGAGCAAACACAUCAAAACCUUUCGAGGCUCCUGUCAAAACCAACAAACUUAACACUGCUGCAGUGAGACUUCAUUUUCUGAACAUUAAGUGCACCAGAAAUGUCUAUCACAUUUGCAUCUUGUCAAACUACGAAAGAGUCGAGUUCCGCCACAAACCUUCAAGCAUCAAAAUAUUUUUAAUUGAAGAUUAAACUAUCGAAUGUCCUCUGAAAACUGUCUGUAAAUGCAGCCUGAGUUAGUUUGAACAUGGCUCACUCUUUUCUACUGAGAAGCAGUUUGAGAAAAAAAAUCUAAAUAAUGAAAUAAAAACCUUUUAAAUGUUGUGAAUAUUUAGAGGAUGUUUAAUUUGUUAUGAAAUAGUUACUUUGGAAGUUUCUCUGUUUGUCUGAAUGACCAACAGAAAGGAAGUAAAGGCUCAAAAGGAUUAAAAGUCUUCCCCACUCUCUGGUGCUUCAUUUAAGACAGUGAUUCUCAAGUCCAGUCCUUUUGGGUGUUUCCCUGCUCCAACACACCUGAUUCAAAUGAUCAGCUCGUUAUCAAGCUCUGUAAUGGCUUAAUAACGAGCUGAUCAUUUGAAUCAGGUGUGUUGGAGCAGGGAAACAUCCAAAACAUGCAGGACUGUGGGCCUCGAGGACUGGACUUGAGAACUGAUUUAAGCCAUGGUGUUAUCAUGUCUACCUGUGCCCUGUUAAACAGCGCCACCUACAGGAGACACUGUCUGUGUUCAGUUUAACCAUUAGAUAUUUAAACACAAUUAAAAUUAGUUUAAUUUCUGCUAGAAAAACACAUUUUACAGUAAACAUUUUGCGCUUGUGGACCAGUUUUUUUAAAUGUGAGCAUAAAAGUAUUUCUUGUCAGUUUCCAUGGGCUGAUUCACACAAAACUGAGUAAGAAUGAAAGCAAAAGUAAUCAAUGAAAUGAAAGUAAUCAUGAAAAAAUUUAAAAAUUAAUCAGACAACACGUUUCUGUAUCAUCAGCAACUGUGUUUUUUUUUCCCACUUCUCCAGUCUGCUCAUUUUCACCUCCAGUUAUUCCGAGAAAAGCUACGUGAAGAGAGAUCGUUACAAACCAAACACCUGGGUGCACUUUGUGGAAGUGCCAUGGAGAUGUUAAAGAGUGUUAUUUUCACAUGAAGCUAACAGAAACAUUUUAAACACAAAGUAAGACGGUCUCAGCAGCAUGUUUGGGUGUUGUUCCACCAGAUGAACACAAGAUGGCAGCAGAUACACAGCUGACUGUUCAGUGACGUGAUCAGAAAAUAACCCCAAAAAGACUAAAUUUGUUUAUCUGCAGUGUUAAACUAGAACAAAUGUUUCCUGUUUAAUGUUCAGUAUUGAAUUUGCACCCCGGCCCCCGUUAGUUUGGAGGGUGUGGGUUUAAAACCAGGAAGUGUGGAAAUCUGCAUCCUCACACUCUCUCCUCCUGCAGCUAAAAAUACGAGCAGUGACCCUCUGCAGCUCCUCGGCUCACAUUCCCUCCCCGUCCAUCAGCUUCCUCUUCCUGCUCCGGCAUUGUUCUGCAUUGACAGGAAUGUGCAUGUGUGGGUUUGUCACAGUGAACUGUUUGUAGAUCUCGCAGCAAAGUUCACGUGUUGUCAUGUCUGAGAGGAUAAUCAACAUGCUGCAGGUCAACAAAUCAAAGUCAAAUAAAUCCUGAUUUAUUUACAGUUUGUAUAACGCUGUCUAAUGUUUAUAGAAGUAAACAUGGCGUUCAAGCGUGCAUGUUCAGUCACAUCCUGCAGUUUGUAUUAAAUCAGUUUGCUCUAAUCUCUUCUCCCCUCUUCCUGCAGAUACAACUAUUUCCGCGAGGACGAGGAGAUCUACAAAGAGUUCUUUGACAUUGCGAACGAUGUGAUCCCAAACCUGCUGAAGGAGACGGCUACUGCUGCAGAGAGUUCAGGAGAGGGAGGAGAGGGCAAAGAGGGAGCCGACAAGGUGAGGAAUCCCAGCGGGAGAGGGGCGGUGCAGGACAGUUCUAGUAAACUUCUCACAAAGAGGAGAGCAACGAGAGGAGCAGGAGGAAGAGAAAGGAGCAGGAGGACACGAGAGGACACUGGGGAGAGGAGCAGGAGGUUGAGAGAGGAGAGGAGCAGGAGAGGGGAGAGAGAAGAGCAGGGAGAGGAGCAGUAGGAUGAGAGAGAAGCAGGAGGGAAGAGAGAGGAGAGCAGGGAGAGAAGCAGGAGGGAAGAGAGAGGAGAGCAGGGAGAGAAGCAGGAGGAUGAGACAGGAGAGCAGGGGGAGGAGCAGGUGGAGAGAGAGGAGGGGAGCAGGGGGAGAGGAGGAAGAGAGAGGAGAGCAGGAGGGGGGAGGUGUGUCUGAAAAGCUAACAAAGUACUAUAAUGCAGUUGCUAAUUCAAGAGUAAUGAUGUAUAAUAGUAGUGACCUUUAGAGUCAGUGAAAAUAACCCUGAUUAUGACUUUGUAGGUGGUUGGUGUCUAUUACAGAAGUCUUGGUACUGAUCUGAGCUACCAGGUCAUUGAACUGGGCCAGGGUUAGUCUCAGCAAGCAGGACGCAGCAGGCAAGUACAUCUAAAAAAGUCUCAGGUCACAGAGGAGGAGAAGACGUGACCGCAGCAGAAAGAGAGAGAGAGAGAAAGAGAGAGUCAAGGAGAUGAUAGGGUGUUGUUGAGUUUCUGUUGCAUUUGUAGGAUGGAAUAUUUGCAGGUUGUGUUAAAACAUGCAAAUAAACUCAAAUGAGCCUGCCGUGAAACUCUGACAUGAAACUAAAAGAAAUUUUUAAACUGCAGGUAACAAAAAAAGCUGGGAUUGGAUUUUUCCAGGUUGUCCAGAGUUCUGGAUUUUCUAAAAAAGUUGACCCCUGAAAUUUUAGAAAUCCACAGGGAUGUUAGUUGGUGCUCAGCCAAACUCAGCCUGUUGGUUUUGCCAUGGCUGUUUGUGUUCAUCCUUCCUCUGUGACAACGCUCCAUAGUAAUGUAACAAGCCAGUGGAUCUCAGAAGGCCGUGAAUCACCUGGCUGUAAUCUUGAAAUGUAAAAAAAAAUAUCUGUUAAGUUUUGAGCAGAUUUUGCACCUUCUCUCACCUGCUCCUCUGCUGUCUGCAUGUCAGAGCUGCAGGGGUUAAUAAACCCUCCUCUUUGUCUCUCAGGAGCCCAAGGAGGCAGCUGCUGUUUCAGCUCUGCAGGACGCCGACUGUUUCGCUCACCUGCUGCGUUUUUAUGACGGCAUCUGUAAGUGGGAGGAAGGGAGUCCAACGCCGGUCCUCCAUGUGGGCUGGGCCACCUACCUGGUCCAGUCCCUGAGCCGCUUUGAUGCUCAGGUAAGAGACUAAGAGGGAUCGAUCUAACCUUGGCCUUCAGAGUGUGUGUGUUCGUGUGUGUGAAGCUGAGCCUGUGUUCUGGUCCUCAGGUGCGUCAGAAGGUAACCAUCAUCACCAAAGAGCCCGAGUCUCAGGACGAAGAUGACCAGUCCAGCGAUGACCCCCGUGAGGGCCGCAGACGAGGCCCCAGGAGGGAGUCCAAGCUGGAGGACCAGAGUUCGCCUCCACCUCCCCCCUCUGCAGCUCCCCCUGCCUCCCCCUCCGCCACCUCCCAACCAGCAGCAGCUCAGCCCAAGAAGGUGGGCGAGGGAGGGGGCCGCCGGCGCUCCUCUCAGAGCCUGAGAGGAGGAGACAUCGAAGGAAAACCCAAAUCCCCGACCCCAGACUCCUCCCCCACCUCCUCCUCCCAGCAGCAGGAGGCGCCCCCUUCCUCUCCUAACCUCUCCCCUGCGGGGCCCAUGGUCGUGUUUCAAAGCGAGAAGAUGAAGGGGAUGAAGGGGCUGCUGUGUGCCGCCAAGGUGAACUCCAGCGCCAUCAAGCUGCAGCUGACGGCGCAGUCCCAAGUCCAGAUGAAGAGGCAGAAGAGCACGCCGAGCGGGGACUACUCCAUGUCCUUCAUGAAGAGGCAACGCAAGUCUCUGUAGACCAGGAGGAGGAGGAGGAGGAGACUCAUACUGUGAACAGAAACAUCUCGCUUUCAUUCGUCAGACUUUUUACAAGUGUUUUCAUCAGUUCAGUCUCAUGUUUCAGCAAUAUUUCAGUUGCUCUCUCUCCACAUAUCAGGUUUGUACGGUGGCCAUAGAGGACAGCAUCUAACUGCAACAGCUCAGAUCUUCAUCAGGAGACUCACACCGCAAAUGCAGAGACAACACAACUUCUCUAACACAUGCAACAUUUGAAUCGCUCUGCAAAUGAGAGAAACUGCUGCAAAAAGGCAGAAACGACAACAUAAACGAUACAAAGCAAAAACACACAAAAGUGGAAAGUAGCUGCAAAUGAAGGUAGAAGUGUCACUCGGCGCCCCCGCAGGCCUGGAGAAGUUCUGCUAAAAAGUCUUAUCUGCUUCUUCAGAUUUUAUUUGUAGCUGCUUUUUAUUUGUGUGUUUUUUGCAUAGUAUCAUUUGUGUGUUCGCAGCGUUUUUGUCUUGUUCUGGGUUUUUGCAGCACGCUUUUUUACUCUUAUUUGUCGCGCAUUGUCAGCUCUGCGUUUGUUUUGGACUUUGAAGUUCUGUGGACCGUAAUACCGGGCAAAUAAGCAGUGAGAAUGACUGUAAUGAGGGAAAACAGGCUGCAAAUUCAAAAAACGCAAUAAUCUGAAACAGAAAGACCUCCAUGGAUCUCUUUAGGGUUUUGUCUUUUGCCUGAUCUGGCUCUGUGUCCCCCCUCAGGCCUCUGAACCCUGUCCUCAGGGGGUUUUAUUUUAUUUAUUUAUUUUGGGACGUUAUUUCUGAGAGGACAGGAACGGGGACCAAGUGCGAAACAGGGAUUGCUGCUGGAGGAUCAGAAACUCCUCAUGUGGGAUAAGCACUUAGACUGCUAAGCUAUCUGCACCUCCUCAGGGUGGUUUUAAUCUCUUUUUUUCAUUAUGUUGAAAUUUAUCACCCCCUACAGGAGCACCUUUAUUAUUCUCUUACAAUUUCUUGGGUUUGACUGGUUUUGGAAGUCUUUCCAGUGCAUGUCCUUCUUCCUGAUUGGUCCUGAAUCUACCGCAUGUUUCUGUUUCACUCAUUCUGAGAUUCUGUCUAUGCUCUAGUAUUUGUUUAUCCUCUGAAUUUGCAGCCUGUUUCUCCAGAACAAACUCAUCUCAGCCGUUGCAGCAGGUUUGCUCUUCAGGGCCACCAUAUUUUUAAAAAGAAGGAAUGAACUUUUCCUUGUGCUUUUAUUUAUCUCCUGCAGAACUUUCCUGGUUUGACAGAUUGUAAACACUCAUUAGUUUGUGUAUUAAUUGGCAGCCAAUUGCACACUGACUAUUAACUUCUGAUUGACUCUCAUGUGGAUGUUUGAAGCCAAAGUCUCUCCAGAAUCCCGUGAAAACAACCAUUCAGACCACAUUCACGACUGAAGCCUGGAAGUGAUGAUUUUAGGAUAGUUACUGUGUAACAUUGUCCACCUCUGCUCUAUCGACAGCUUCUUUCUUGCUAGCUCUUUGUUGCCUUACGUUGCCUUGGUUCUUUUCUACUGUAGGUGGCCUUUAGUGUUCAGAUUAGCUGAGUCAGGCCUCAUUUCUGACGCAUAGAGAAGAGCAGGAGACCAUGCACUGUUGAGACGGGACCUCAUUAGGAGGACCCAGUACAUCGAUUUACCUUUUUGUUGUUGUUUUUGUAUCUGGGAGUAAUAAAGAUCAGAUGGAAGCAGA